AUGUCCAACUUAGUAUUCUACAUACUGUGGCUUGGCGCGGUGGCCAAUGCCAUCACGUUGCCAAAGUCUUACGAUACGGUAUGGACGACACAGAGUAACAACUCUGCUGGCUCGAUGCCUGUUGGUGCAGGAGACAUAGGGUUGAACGUAUGGGCAGAAGACGGCGAUGUUCUCUUCUAUAUCGCACAAAGUGGAGCUUUUGACGAGAAUAACUCGUUGCUGAAGCUGGGACGAGUCAGGUUGACUAUGGACCCCAAUCCAUUUGGUACUGGAUGCAGCUUUGAGCAGCGAUUGCUACUUAACGAUGGCUAUGCUGAAGUCAAGGGCGACAAUAACACGGUCGUCAAGAUCUGGGUUGACGUUAACACAUCAGAUAUUCAUAUUGGGAUCGACAAUGCCGCUAACAUCACACUGCGGGCUGCGAUGGAGAGCUGGCGGACGUCCGGGUACCAGAUGGUCACUAAUGAGCAGCACGCUGUACCUGCCAUUCCGCUUCCAUACCAGUACCCAGAUACAGUGAACUUCACAUCUGGAGGGGUAUUGAGUUUCCACCACAACUACGAAACACCACUGUUCGACUUCCAGGCGAAAGAACAAGGUCUGGUUGAUCCUGAGUCAUAUUACGAUCCUAUGCGAAACAAUACAUUCGGGAGCUUUAUGUACUCGCCACAACUUGACGAUACCAGCAUCUCAUACGGGAAAUAUCUCAAUACAAGCUACACUGCUUUUACACUCAGUUCAUCUCGCCCUCGAUCAUCAUUUCAGCUCUACAUUGGUACUGCACAGGCGCAAACUACAGAGAUCGGUGCUUGGCAACAAAACCUCAUCAACAAGACAUUGCAGGCCGCGGACAGGACGCAAGCCAGCAGCUUACAAUGGUGGCAUGACUUCUGGGAUCGAUCGUAUAUCAUCAUCAAUCCUGAUGCCCCGUCCACAGAUUCCGGUUUCCAGGUCGGCAAGAACUAUCAGUACUUCAGGUAUCUUAUGGGAUGCAAUGCCAAGGGCCAAUUCCCGACUCGAUUCAAUGGAGGGCUUUUCACCUUUGAUCCUGUAUUGACGGACAAUACCACGGCCUUCACGCCUGACUACCGCAGGUGGUCGGGUGGGACUUUUACCGCACAGAACCAGAGGCUGCUAUAUUGGCCGUUACUGAAGAGUGGUGAUUUUGACAUCAUGGAACAAAGCUUCGACUUCUACGGUAACAUCUCACCAAAUAGCAGAAAGCUAGGACAGUUGUACUUUGGCCUAGACGUAGGCUUGACGACAGAGCAGCUCGACAACAGCGGCCUUCCGAAUGUUUUCGAGUACAAUGCCAAUACUUUCCAGUACAACACCACACGAUCCUAUCUCUACCCGCCUGGAGUUGACUUUAAUGACUACCUGUCAUGGCUAUCGGACACUGCGAACGAAUUCGCCGAUAUGGUGGUGCUUGCCAAGUCUUAUGGUGGUGUAGACAUCGAGCGCUGGACGCCGUUCGUCGAGUAUCAACUGGCGUACUUCGAUGAGUUCUACCGCCAGCGUAAUGGCUUGAGUGUUGAUGGUGAAUUGAUUUUAUAUCCUGCAUCUGGAGCCGAGACGUACAAGCUGGCACUCAAUCCGUCAUCUACGGUGGCCGGGCUGCGAGCCGUCAUUGCGGAUAUUCUGAAUUUCGAUGCUCCGCUGACCAAGGGCAAUGAGACGUACUACAACCAAUACUCUGCACGAUUGCCGCCAACGCCUCUACAGCCUUGCCCAGGGAGCCCGAACCUCAUAUGCAUCGCUCCAGCUGCGAACUUCAGCUUUGCUGAAAAUACCGAGCCUACAGCGCUCUAUCCUAUCUUCCCAUGGGGCGAAUAUGGACUCGGCCAGCCUACAAACCUCAGCUUCGCAUACAAUGCAUAUUUUCACGAUAACCAAUCUGCAAGCUAUCAUGGCGAUAAUGGCUGGCGCCAGGACCAGAUCUGGUGGGCUCGAAUGGGUCUCACUGACCUGGCAGCAAAUAAUACCGCCUAUCGAUUUGCCGACAGCACGCAAUAUCGCUUCCCAGUCUUCAAGGGUCCCAAUUAUGACUGGUCUCCCGACAUCAACCACUACGGUAGUGGAGCCAUCGGCCUGCAAGAGAUGCUCCUCCAGACAUUUGCGAAGAACAAUACCGAGAUCCGGUUGCUGCCCGCGUGGCCUACGGACUGGAACGGCUACUUCAAAUUGCUCGCUCCAGAGCAGACAGUAGUCUCUGCUAACAUGACGAACGGUAAAGUGAGCGAUCUUUGUGUCGAGCCUGAGCAUCGGAGGGAUGAUGUUGUGUACGGGCAGGAAUGA